GAGGUGGUCCCUCUCCGUCGCGUCCUCGUCCUGCAGCACCUCCGUCUCCCCCUCGUGCACACAAUAACCCCACACACUACAAUACACACUACCACACACGCUACAACAUACACUGCCUUCUGUCGACCACUCCAACAAGAAAAACAGACAAAAAACACCAUUUACUCACACACCACCGCUCUCAGCUCACAACCUCCGUCCUCACGCUGAGAGAGAGAGAGAGAGUGAAAGAAACACCACACUUCCGUGCGCAACUAUGUGACCACCAUGUUUAGUUCAGAUUCAUCGUCGUUUCAGAGAAGAAACUUUGACUUGGUGCCGAAAUGGCGAAUCACGAGCGGAACAAGAGGCUGUUGCUGGAGCUCCUGAAGCGGCCGGUCAACGGCCGGUGCGCGGACUGCGGAGCUCCGGAUCCACAGUGGGCGUCCUACAAGCUCGGGGUGUUUGUGUGUCUGAACUGCUCCGGCAUCCAUCGCAGCCUGUGCAGCCGGGUCAAAUCCGUAACGCUGGACUUCUGGGAGGAUGAGCUGGUGGAGUUCAUGAAGUCGAAUGGCAAUGACAGCGCCAAAGCUCUGUUUGAGAAAGCUGUUCCCGCGUACUACUAUCGGCCCCAGGAACAUGACUGUGCAGUCUUAAGAGAGCAGUGGAUUCGGGCUAAAUAUGAAAGGAUGGAAUUCACAGGAGAAACCAAGUAUCCACCAAUUUCAUACACCACAGGUUUCUACGAAGGGGUGCUGUGGAAGAAAGGGAAAGAGAACACCCAGUUUCUGAAGAGGAAGUUUGUCCUUUCAGAGCGAGAUUUCACCCUGACCUACUACAACAAGGAAGAUGAGUCCAAAGGACCAAAAGCCAUAAUCUCCAUCAAGGACCUCAACGCCACCUUUCAACCGGAGAAGAUUGGUCAUCCUCAAGGGCUGCAGAUCAUCUAUCAAGACGGCAGUCACACCAGGAACCUUUAUGUUUAUCACAAGAGCCCUGAGGAAAUAGUGACAUGGUUCAACGCCAUUCGUGCGGCUCGCUAUGCAUACCUGAGGAUGGCGUACCCGACUGGAAGCGACGAAGGACUGAUACCAAAGAUAACAAGAAACUACCUCAAAGAGGGAUACAUGGAAAAGACGGGGCCAUUGCAAAAGGAGCAGUUCAAAAAGAGGUGGUUUGUUUUGGACUCUCAAAACAGGAAGCUGUUGUACUUCAAAGACCAGCUGUACAGGAUGCAGAAGAGUUGGGGGUCAUUUUCAUCGGCACAGAGAACAAAGGUUACUCAGCGAAGGAGUGUGUCCCACAGCAUGGUCGGGGAAAGUGGAAGUGUGGCGUUACGGUGGACACGCCCCAGCGACGGUUUAUCUUCAUGUGUGAGCAGGAGGGGGAGCAGAAGGAGUGGCUGGAUGCCCUCAGUCAGGUCCUCUCUAGGCCCAUGGCCCCGCAGGAUUAUGCCAGUAAGCAAGGCUGCAAAAUGCAGUAAACACGUCAACAGUGUAAAGUGGGCAUAAUGGUCAUUCCUGUCAUGGGGAUGCUUAAACUUGUUGCAUUUCGAGUCUGUCCAGUGGAGUAUGAGAGGAUGGUUGGAUGCAUGCAAAGGAACAGCCAGGGUCACACCAAAAUAGUAGGAUUCAUCCUCUGGGGACCUCAAAUGUCUGUAGAAAGCUCCAUGGCACUACAUCCAUGUAAAGCCUUGCUGUUAGUGUGCCUCAUGAAAACUUAAAUACUGUACUCAUUUAUGUUUUAUUCAAGCGUUGCUCUAAUACUCCUCGUUUCUCAUUCCAGUUGAAGCCAACAUUCAAUUUAAAAGAUGAACAACAGACAGGUGUGCCAACAGGACAAAGGGGAGAAGACUUCAGUGUUUGAAAACACAAAUGUGACUGUUGUAGCCAAUCAGUUGUAUCAGAACUGAGUCUCAAUUUUUGUGUUGUGGGAAUGCAUCCUGACGGUCCUCUGUGCCACAGGAUGGAUUUGAGACUUUCACCCACUCACUUUAAACUGACUAUUUCUCCUUCACUAAUGUCACAAAUAUGAAUAUCCUAUUCUGAAUGUUAUUUCUUAAUAAAAGUAAAAAAAAAAAAA